AUGGCUCAUAUACUAGGUGCUAAUCUGGAUGUAAAUAGUGAAGGCUUUCAAAAUUAUUUCGUCCACAAGGGAACUGGUAAAAAGAUAAUAUAUCGUACUGGACGUUUGUCACAUGCUGAAACCGAGUCAAAUGUAGUCAAUUGGGAUUACACUGUAAAAUUGCAAGAAGUACAAGUAAAAAAAGGUCUUUUUGCAGCAACUAAGCUAAGGGCAAGACAUGUUCAGUGGGAGAAAAUUAAAGUGAAACUUGCUGCACAAACUCCCAGCUGCAGUGUGGCUACAGCCCUUGAAUACAUGGAGGACAGGUGUGAUCCAAAAUUUCUUGGAGCUGAAGCAACAGUUAAGUUCCUAAAAAUUUUUGAUGGCUUGCUUGAUAUACUCAAUAGCCAUAAUCUUUUAAGCAGAGGCUUGAAAUCUCCAAUGUCACUACAAAAUUUUUCUGGGGUUUUUCAAUUCCUUAAUGAAGCUGAAAAUUAG